CAGACAGACAGACAGACAGACGCAGCUCUGCAUGUCAGACUGCGUAACAGUGCAAGGUGCGUUACUGUCCUGCUGAGUCCCUGCACAAGAGGACUGUAAUGUUUGGAUUACUGGCUCGAAAUUACAAGAAACUGUAACGCAGCAGAGACCUUGUGAAGCAUGGAGAGGUACAUCUCGGUCGGUACCAGGCUGCGCUACGGGCUGACUCUGGCCUCGGGAAUGCUGGAGUGUCUGUGCUUCGCCGGCGUGGUAUUUGGUUACGCCUCUCUGGUGUUUGUGCUGAAGGAGGAUGGCUACUUCAGUCAGCUUUGUGUCAGCGUCCAAGGUACCAACAGUACAGACUGUAGUAGACAGGAUGAGCAGUUCUCUCUGGUCUUCACCAUCGCCUCGUUCCUCAACAACUUCCUGUCUCUAGUCAAUGGCUACCUGUUUGAUCGAUUUGGCACCAUGGUAACCAGGCUGCUGGGAAUAUCUUUAUACACGACUGGAACCCUUCUCGUGGCCUUCUCCAGUGCAGCAUUUUCAGAGCUGCUUUUUCCUGCCUUGUCCUGCAUCGCUGUGGGAGGAAUUCUGCUCCUUCUAACCAACAUCCAGGUGGCAAACCUGUUCGCUGCUCAUCGCUCCACCAUCAUCACCCUCUACAAUGGUGCCUUUGACUCCUCCUCUGGUGUCUUUCUAAUCAUCAAGAUUCUGCAUGAACAGGGAAUCUCUCUCCGCUACUCCCUCCUUGUUUUGUCCUUCUGCAGCAUCAUACACCUGGUGAGGACCUUCCUGCUGAUGCCCAGAACCCACAUCCCUUACCCUCUGCCACCACACUACACCUACGGAUUGAAUUGCGGAAUGGCCAACCCUCAAAAUGUUGAGCAGUUUGAGAGGAUGAGGAUGAAUGAUGGUGCCAUGACAGUUUCACAGGGGUCCAGUGUCCAGGACAACGUGCCACCAGAGGACGAGACAGAGGCCCAAGACUCGGGAAACGUGGCGAGUUUCCAGAGCUGUGUGAGGUCCUGGUUCUUCCUGUGGCACCUGUUGUGGUUGUCCAUAAUGCAGCUGAGGCACUACCUCUUCAUUGGCACGCUCAACCCCAUGCUCAACCGGCUGGCCAACGAUGACCCCGACCUGGUGAGUCAGUACACCAAUGCUUUUGCCAUGACCCAGCUGUGUGGAGUGCUGUGCGCUCCCUGGAACGGACUCAUCAUGGACAGACACAAGGGAAAGCCCCUGGCUCCUGGAGAAACCAUGCAGGAGGCAGACCUGCGCUCCUCCUCUCUGUCUCUGUUCCUGACCUCCCUGCAGUGCCUGCUGUUCUCUGUGUGCGCCUCCGUUCCUCUCCUCCCACUGCAGUACCUCACCUUUGUUCUACAAGUCCUCAAUCGCUCCUUCCUUUACGGGGGAAAUGCAGCGUUUGUUAGCAUUGCGUUUCCAGCCCGUCACUUUGGGAAGCUGUACGGCCUGGUGAUGUCCAUGUCUGCUUUUGUCUCUCUGCUGCAGUACCCCUGCUUUGCCCUGGUCAAAGGAGCUCUGGGCGGAGACCCCUUCUUUGUGGACGUUGCUCUGGUUCUCCUCAGUCUGCUGGCGUUUAUCCAUCCUGUUUACGUCUUCAUCCAUUGCAGGAAAGCAGCCCGCUACAAAGAGGACAACGGCCAGACUGACGUGGCCAACGGCUCCGAAAUACAUGAAGCCAAGUUAUAGUUAUUGGGAUACUAAGUGUCCAAAUUUUACUUUUCAGGUUCUUUUGACUUGCCUGUCUGUUCCUGUUCAGGAGUUUUAACCCAUUUUGUAUAUAUUCUUUUCUUUUUUUUAUCCAAGUGCACUGAUAAAAUUGUUUUUAAUGCUUGUUAGUACAGACACAUACAUUUUCAAAUGUUUUGUAUAAUCGUUUAAUAAAAAAACGUGUAUUACUAAAUAACUGUUGUAAAUGUUUUAUUGAGUGGGCAACAUUUUGAGUGCUUUACGGACAUUUCGUUUAGCUGUAAUAUGUUGUUUACUGCAUAUAUGUCCAUGUGUUUGUAUUAACCACAGUAAAAAAUGUACUACUG